AGCAGUUUAGAAAUAUAAAGGACAGCUCAAGGCAGACUGGCUGGACAAGUUAUUUCUUCCUUCCUAAGGAGAAAAUCCAAAACAUUUUACAUUUUAACUUUUUUUUUUCUUUUUAAUCAUUAUAAUUUUGUAUUAAAUUUCUGUUUAUUUGCUAUGAUUUUUUGUGUGUGUCUGUAUUUCAAGGUUUUUAGUAAUAUUUCUUUUUCCUCUUCCCACAGUUUGGUGAGAUACUGCUCAUUAUCUGGACCUGCAAGAUCAUAUGCUUUUGGGACCUUAGGGAAUAAUCCGGGGUGGAGCGGGGCGGGGGGCGGAGCUGCCUUUUCCCCUGGCCGGCCCGAGGGAAGGGCAGAGAUCUGCGGAGCGGCGCCGAUGGAGCGGCAGGUGGUCCUGAUUGUAAAGUGUCACAUGUUCCCCCUGAAUGGAAGGUGAAUCACCUCACUCAGGAUGUGGAGCAGCGGAAUCAACGAGGCCGGUAAGAUGGCCCUGCUGGCCUGGGAGAAGGAGACUGGCAUCGAGCUGGUGCAGAUCAACGGGCAGAGGCACUACGGAGGGCCCCCACCAGGCUGGGUGGGCGGCCCGCCGCCGGUCGGCACCGAGGUGUACAUUGCCAGGCUGCCGCAGGACGUCUACGAGAACACCCUGAUCCCGCUCUUCGAGAGCGUGGGGAAGCUCUACGAGUUCCGCCUCAUGCUGACCUUCAGCGGGCUCAACCGCGGCUUCGCCUACGCCAGGUACGCGUCCUGGCAGUGCGCCCGCAGCGCCAUCGCCACCUUCCACCGCUUCCAGCUGCGCGAGGGCUGUGCCAUCACGGUGUGCUGGAGCACGCAGAAGCGUGAGCUCCUCAUGAAGGGCCUGGCUGCAUCGGUGAGCCAGCAGGAGCUGGAGGCCAGGCUGCAGGGGGUCACUGAGGGGAUCUGCAGUGUCACCCUGUACACCGGCCCCCGCCAGAGACAGGCCAAGCUCGCUGUGCUGAAGUACAGGUCGCACAAGGCUGCUGCCCAGGCCAAGAAAGUCCUAAUGGAAGGGAACUUGAGGCUUGGGGAAGCAGGGAUGAAGGUGGACUGGCUGGACCCCCGACUGAAGCAGAAGCUGCAGCUCUGUGAGGAGGAGCCAUCGUCCAGCUGGGUGCAGGGAGACAAGAGCCUGGAAGUGCCCAGGCUGACAGCCCUGCCUCUGUCGCUGCAGAACGUGCUGGAACACCUGAACAUGGUGUGCUGGAAGCAUCGCCUGAGGACACCCCUGUUCAUCAUCAGGUGUGUCCAGGUGAACCCCAACGGGUGGCAGCAGUUCUGGUACCAGGUGGUGAUCCCGGAUUACCACGUGUCCGUCAGUGGCUUCACUUGGGUCUUGCCAGACAGGCAGGGCCAGAGUGAGCAUGAGAAGGCCAAGAUGGCAGCAGCCCUGCACACUCUCAAGGUGUUAGGUGAGUCCUUGGUAAGUCCUUGCAUAGACAACUCCUUGUCUUUCCCAAAGUCUUGAAGAGUCUCCUGGGGAUUGGAGCUGUGGCACUUCUGGGGCAGGGAGGGACCCAAGCUGGCAGGCAGGCCUGAAACACUGUCACCUCAGAGCUGUGGGGGGGAUUCCUGUUUGGAAGCACAGGAUGCAAGAGGGAGGGGGUUUGGGGGCAGAGCCUGACGCUUCCCUCUCCACUGCAGGGUGCCAGCUGACCUAGGCAACUGCUCUGCCGGAGCCACGAUUGAGCCUGAGCCCUGCUGGGGUCCUGGCCCUGUUCCAGCUUCCCUUCAGGUUGUUUGCAUCGGUUUGCAAUGGCUGCUGUCCUCGUUCCUGGGCAGCCCUUGAGUUGGUUCAAGUUUUGGGUUGUUGGUUUUUCUGCCAAGUUUGGCUUCUGUUAAGCUGGUUUGUGUUGCGUUGGAGGGGCAGAUCCUGGAGAAGCAGCAGCUCUGGGAGGGGCUGCCAGCACUGGAUGCCAGUGUGAUGGAGGGAAUUCCUCCACUGGCACGCCUGGUUCCUGAGGAACAGCCUCAGGGGAGGAUAAGGCCACACACAGGGAGUGUCCCAGUGGUCUGGAGGAGCUGCUGUGUGGCGAGAGGAGUGCCUGUAACCUGUUUGCAUAGUGAGGAAGCAGCUGUCCAUGAAUGUCCAAGCAGUGUUGCCAGCUGUCCAUGAAUGAUUCCUCAGGAGUGGGAAGUCAGGUCACAUGUUCUUUUGAGAUUAAAGAGUUCUGGAAAGCACCGGCUGUGUCACAUCGUCUUUUCCUCCUAUAUCCUCAGCUCCCUGACUGUCAAGUGCAUCUCGGUGCUCUCCCCACACACCAGGAAAGGCAAUUGGAAGGGACAGGGUGGGAUUUGGUGCCUUCAGAGCCUGGUAGGCCCAUUGUGUGGGAAGCAGCAUUCCCUGGCAUCUUGAUCUUUGUUGUCUUCUACUCACUGGGCUCUUUCUCAGCAGCUUUUGAUACCCCUCAGGCUCUCUGAGUGCUUUCUCAUGUCCUCUCCAGUGAACCUCUGUGACAUCCGGUAACACCUUGCUGGUGGUUAGUAACACCUUGUUGGCGGUUAGGGUUUUUCCUUUUGUUUCUCUCUGUCUUGGGGAAUUUUCCCCCAUUUUUGUUGCUAAAGAACAAUAAGCACUCCAAGGGAGGCUGCUGCCUUCCUUAGCAGACACCCAUCUUUCAAACCAAGACACCCUUAUAUGCUCUCCAGGGACUCCAGGUGUCUCUCAGCUCCAGGAAUGCCUCUGGCCAUGUCCCAGCAGGUGCAGCAUGAACCCCUGGGCCAGCAGCACCUGGGGGCUGCAGUUGGUGCUCCAAGGGGUCCCAGGCAGUGCUGGGAAUCAGCUGAGGGAUGUGAGUCACAGCC